CUGGAACAGUUCGCCAAGGACCUCAAACACAAGCGCAUCAUGUUGGGCUUCACCCAGGCUGAUGUGGGGCUGGCGCUGGGCAUCCUCUACGGGAAGAUGUUCAGCCAGACGACCAUCUGCCGCUUCGAAGCACUCCAGCUCAGUUUCAAGAACAUGUGCAAGCUGAAGCCACUGCUGCAGCGCUGGCUCAACGAGGCAGAGAACACGGACAACAUGCAAGAGCUGUGCAAUGCGGAGCAAGUCCUGGCCCAAGCCCGGAAGAGGAAACGCAGGACCAGCAUUGAGACCAACGUGAAAGGAACACUGGAGAGCUUCUUCCGCAAGUGUGUGAAGCCCAGUCCCCAGGAGAUCUCCCAGAUUGCCGAGGACCUCAACUUGGACAAAGACGUGGUUCGGGUCUGGUUCUGCAACAGGCGUCAGAAAGGCAAACGGCUGCUGCUGCCCUACAGCAACGAGACAGAGGGGAUGAUGUACGACAUGAGCCAGCCCCUGGUGCCCCCCCCUGCCCUGCCCAUCCCAGUGACGUGCCAGGGCUACAGCCUGGCGCCCUCCCCUCCUGUCUACAUGCCGACCUUCCACAAACCUGAGAUGUUCCCACAAGCGCUGCAA